AUGAGAAAAAGUGUUCGGAUUAUCGUUUGGUUCACAACUUUUUGGACAGUAAUCCAUGGAAAUUCGAAUGAGCAGAAGAAGACAUUGGAUAACACAGCUCCACAACCCACCAAUCUAUCCCUCUUCGUCGAUGACAUAUCCAUACUGACCGAUUUGACAGGAGGAAUAAAAAGGCAGUCGAGACUCAUUGAGAAUUUCGUCAAAGAAACAUCCAGGUACUUUCAAGCAACAUCCAAACAAUUCGACACUUUUUACAAAACAAAGCCAGAUAUAAUCCUAAAAUAUGUAAUAGAUUUUUAUGAGGAUACAAGAACUCUAGUGUUGAAAUCCGAUUUUCAAAAAAUGCUAAGCCCAGUAAAGAUUCUAAAGUCGUUGGCAAUAGAUUCAGAGAAUCUAGGAAGAUCGAUAGAGAAGAAAACAGUUCAAGAAUACAUUUCCAAGUUUGAAACUCUGAAAAAGCACCCUCCAAAACUGGAAUUUCUUUGGCUGGAACUAAUUCCUCAACUCGAUAAAUGUCUCAAACCUCAAGGAAAUAUCACUGAAAUCGGAUUGUGUUUUGUUCGUUUAGACGUGUUGGAAAUGACUACAGUUACAGUAACCCAACAGUUUGAUAAAAUAAAAGAAGUAAGAAGGCGGUGGAAUCCAGUUCGCAAACUGAUUCAAAUCUAUGCCAGCACUUUUGAAGAUUUGGAAAUCGUCGUGAAGUCGGCUUUUGAGUUCUCAAAUAACUCGAAGACUUUCUCAGGAUUAGCUGAGUCUUUAGAAUUGGCAAAUGAGGAAUUUGAGGAAUGUGAAACUAAAAUAUCGGAGAAAAAGAGCAAAAUUGCAUAUCGGAUGGGUACUGUACUCGUUGGAUCUGAAGUCAAAGUGGAAGGAAGAACCAAAGCAUUUUUGAUGAGAUUCCCCGAAAUUUUUGUUUCAGAAUUCCUAAAAAAUCUCGCAGGAGAGAAGCAUCUAGAAAUGCUGAAAUACGGAUUUCAGCCCUACUUGAAAAUGUCUGAAACUGUACAGAAAGUUGAGGAAAUUUUAGAAGGAAACAAAUGGAAUAAAGUUGGAGCUGAUAAGAUAAGAUAUGCAAUCAGAGACAUUGAGAAAUGGACGGGACCAUUUAUAAUUCCUGAAUCUCUAUUGGAUACAGUUGACAAAUGUCUGAAGAGGUUGCCAACUGUAAAACCAGAAUUCAAUUUUGAAUUAUUCCAAAGUGCGCUCAAUCAAACUAAGACAAUGAUCUAUGAAAUGCGAAAAUUCGUAAUUCUUGUUGAUGAAAUAGUUUCAAAACAAAAUGAGAUUAUGCUGGCAUUACGAACUUUGAAAGAGACAUUCGAUGGAUGGGAAAUCAGAGAUAAUGUUAGAACAUUCAAGUCCUAUAUGGAAAACAUAUGGAACGAGAAUGGAACUGAACCAAUUAAAAAUAUCAGUUCCUAUGCUAAACUCAUAGAAUCCGCGAGGAACUUCUCGAAAACCAAUAAUAUAGCAGAAAUGAUUUCCCAACAUCCGGAUAUCAAUAUAUUCAUGGAAAUUCUAGAACAAUUUGACAUCAAACGAGUUCUAGAUGUCUCUGAAUGUCUUUCUGAAAGGAAUUUUCAUCUAGGGCACGUGGAUAAAAUUCUGGAAGGUGCUGAAAAUAUGAAGAUCUUCCGGUAUAAUGUGAACGAUGAGGAUAUAAAACUCACCAAAGCAUAUAUGGCUGAAAUAUCUGAAAUUCUCAGAAUUCUGGAAGAAACUGAUAGUGUGAUAAGAAAGAAGACGUUAAGUGAGGAAACCAGGAAAUUAAAUAGUUUCGAUCGUUCCGAAAAAGUUAAUACAAAUCUUGGAGAGGCUAGAGAUGCCAUGAAACGAAUUUCAAUGGUAACCGAUCAAAUGUCAGGAGUAACGCAUUUCAUAGUACCAACUGAUACAAACGGACUAUUUGAAUCUGAUGAUUUUGGAUACGUGAUGUGUGUAUUUCUGCCGACUUUACUAAUGAAACAACAAUGGAUGAAUGAGUGUCUUGAGAAGACAUCCAACUUUCGAAACGAUUACAAAUUCCGAAUCGAAAAAAUCAAGUACGGUGGAGUGGUGUAUGAAGCAGUUCUCAAAUGGGCCACAUGGAUUCACAAACAGAAUAUUCCAUUUCUCUAUGGAGUACAUAUCCACGUGGCGAUUCCAGGAAUGUCCAAGAAUGAGAUGAUUCAGUUGAGACAGUUGGUUGAAAUGCAUGGAGCCACAUGGUCCGAUGAGAUGUUGGUGAAGGAGAACUUCAAUUUAGGAUCACACCCAUUUCAUCAUUUUAAUCUAGGUCCACUUUUCAUUAUUCACGAUGGAAAGAAGAACUUCCUCAAACAGUUCCAAAGUGACACCGACAAAAUGUUCACAUUGAUGACGUUCCCAGAAUUCGUUGGAUUCAUGCUGAAACUGGAGUGUCAUUAUGAUAACGAGAGGAAAAUGCCGAUUCCAGUAACUUUUAAUCUGGAAAAUAGUGAAUUAUAA